CGACAUCACUCCCUUGCCCUCUCUGCCGAUGGUCGGGUCUACAGCUGGGGUAGGAACGAUGUCGGGCAGCUUGGUAUUCGGAAAAAGAAGCAGAGAUAUGAUAACCAGAGCCAGAUUACACAAGACUUCACACCAAGAUUGAUCGAGGAACUCUCAAACUAUGACGUCAUCCAGAUUGCCUGCGGAGACGUCCAUUCAAUCGCACUCACUCUAGAUGGGCGGCUGUUUUCAUGGGGUUGCAACCGUCAUGGUCAGCUAGGUGUGGAGACCAAGUGGGCCGCGAAGGAAGCAAAGGACCAUGCAGAGAAACCCAUUGAAAUCGAAGGUCUCUGGGGAAUUCCAGUGCAACACAUUGCCGCUGGCGGCGCUCACUCCGUUGCUCUUUCCACUACCGGGUCAAUCUUUGUGUGGGGCAGUAACACGCAUGGGCAGUUGGGAUUACAGAAGUUAGAUGAUGUGAAGCUACCGGUCAAGUUGUGUUCCUUAUCACAAGGCAAUGUCAAGGUUGUCUCGUGCGGAAUGCACCAUACAAGCUUCCUUAAACAGAAUGGCCAGCUGAUGGUAUAUGGUAUGGGUGUCGACGGGUACCCUUGUGAGUCCGACGAAUGGGGCAAGUCUGAACUGAGACCUGGACGACCCGGACACACGUUCUCUUUCCUACAAUCAACCAAUCGAUGUACAUAUGCAGUUGAUGAAAUCACCAAUGGGGUCUUCGUUCUUGAUCAUGAGAAGGUCCAAAAGGGUGGAAAUGUACAGCUUGAACCCCUUGAAGAAGGUUCGAUGGUUGACUUGUUUGAACCUGAAUCGUCCACUGAUUGGCCACCUGGUCGUUACGGCUUUGAUCCAAAGGUCUGGGAACCAUCAAGGCCUGUAGAGGACUACGAACAUGUCGAAAGAUUCGAAGAAGGAACCCGCAGAUAUGAUGUCGAGGAUGAUGAGGAUGGCAUCACUGAUCUUUCUGCUACAUUGGAUACAACUUCAGUCACCAACGAACAUGACGGUCAUGCGGGAGAAACGUUGGAAUAUGUACCUGGCAUAACCUGUGUUGGUCAGGAGAACCAUCAAAGGCAACCACGAACCUGGCGCCGACUGUGCGCUGGACAGGAAAACAUCUUUAUCAUAGAGCAGGAUGAACCAGUGAGAAAAGAUGUCCAUAUUUCAAUUGCUCCUGGACGGGAGAUCGGUACACUAUCUGCUGGACUGCUGCAGAGUUUAAGUGACAUUAAUAUUCAAGGAGACAUCACUGAAGAGGACGCCUUAUUCCAAUAUGCAAGCAUGGUGUUCUCAUCUCCCGCUUGCCUAAAUGCAUCCUUCCGCCAAACAGGACCAAACGAAGUCGAUGGUCUGAAUGUUGAUCUAAAAGCAGCAAGAAGGGCUUACAAAGUGAUCAGCAAGAACGACAAACUUCUUGAAAAGCUCUCCGAAGUGAUCUCUGUUAAUCUGUGUACCAGCAUACCUCAGUCGACACCCCACAUCGAAGCCCUUCGGUUCAUCUAUAUUCUGAUGGAAUGUCCUGUGUUCAGUAACCAUCACCGCCCCUGGGGGCGCCGUGCCCUGGCCGCUGCAGACAGGUUGAUAGGGUUUCUUCACAUGGCAUCGAAGGCCGGGGAAAAGAAAUCCAAUUCGGCAACACCUGCUCGUUGGUGGAAGUUCGAACCGAUGUCCUUUCGACGCACAAUCAUGGCUUACCGACGGUCCCUCACAAUCCUAUUCCACGACAGAGUGCUAUUGGAGAAGGAACUGGCAAACUUUUGGACCUACCUGAGAAUUCUCGGCUCCUUGAAUGAGAUUAAUCUACAGCAUGACAUCCUUUCCAUUAAGACGUUCUACAUCCCUAAUUUAGACAAAGUCUGGAUACGUCCACACCAACCGUUGCAGAAAUUCUCCUGGGCGUCGUAUCCAUUCCUCAUUGAUCUAGAGAUGAAAACAAAGAUGCUUGAAUCCUAUAACAUAAGUGAACAAGAUAAUGCCAUGGAACAAGCAAUGAGGCAACAUCCAAUGUUUGGAUUUUGUUAUCUCUUGGGGAUUCCUGUACCACGUUUGUGUCUUCUCCUUAACGUAAGCCGGGAUGACAUCUUCGGGUGGAGUGUCCGGAAGCAGUUAGCCGAGAUGCUGACCUUACCGAGGUCCUGGCUUCAAAUACCUCUCAUGGUCCAAUUCAUGGGUGAGAUUGGUUUGGACGAGGGGGCUCUGAGUAUGGAUUUUUUCCGGCUUGUCUUUGAAGAACUUUUCGAUCCGGGAAAGAACGGUCUUUUCCGAUAUGUCGACGAACUCGACCCGACUCACUCGCCUGUCUGGUUUCGGAAGGACUGUGAGGACUCCAAACUAGCCGAGAUAUGUGGUCUUCUGUGUGGGUUUUCAUUGCACAACAAGGCAAUAGUUCCAUUACCGUUCCCACAACUCCUCUACGCCAAGCUUCUAGGAAAGGGCCCUAAUAGUGAUAUGGAGGAAGCGGCAGAGCUCGACAAGGAGUUCGCAGAUCAGAUGUCUAAAUUGCGGACUGGAACAGAAGAUUACGUGAUGGGGUGUUGCUAUGGUGAAAAGGUGGAGCUGAAGAAUGGGAGGAGCGUCGAUGUCACGAAAGAAAAUGUACAUCUCUACGUGGACAAUAUGGUUCGAGAUUACCUGGUUCCGUCACAGUUUGCAGCCUUCCAGCGAGGAUUCAACAGAGUCUUCAAUCCCGCCGCCUUUGAUAUGUUCAGACCUAUCGAGUUGGAAGCGCUUGUCAUGGGAGAGAAACACUUCGAUUGGAAAGCUCUUGAGCAGUCGACCCAGUAUAUACAGCCAUAUACAGACUCACACCCAACAAUCAAGAUCUUCUGGACGGUAUUUCACGCUCUAGACAAUGACAUGAAAAGAAAGUUCCUCGUAUUUGUCGCUGGGUCUGAUCGCGUCCCUGUUGGUGGACUACGAAACCUAGGACUCCAUAUCGACCACCUCCAGGUACCCAUGGACGAUUCCGUGGACGAGCAACCGUGCGACACCGAAGACAGACUCACCCGGAUGUUGCCAGUGGGCCAUGGCUGCGAUAACCAUGGCUACCGCCGUACCUUACGGCUGCCUAUGUAUACCAGCCUCGAACUCAUGGAAGAUCGUUUGACCGUCGCCCUGUCUUAUUACGACUGCCCAUUUCAUAUCGCUUAGGGUCAGGGAUAUUUCUUUACCAUAUUUUAUUCGUUUUUGUCCUUCAUACC